CCCUUAUCCUUCACAAAGAGGCUAAAUACUUAUAUCAAUUAUAAAUAACAUAAAUUACAAAUAGCAUAAACAAAGCCUCCCAUAGCGCAUUAGAAACUAUUAUGUUUUAGUUAUUGGCCAACGCACACUUCAUCAGCUGCCUAGGCUGUAGCCUAAUGUGUGUUAAUGUCAAUUAGUUAAUGCAUGCGGGCUACAAACGUUUACAAAUAUUUUUGUAAAUAUGCAAAUGAUCAUAGUCUGUAUCGCUUUCACGCAGGCUGAAGAGGCUGUCAGAGAAAAUACACCACCGUAACCUGCAUGGCAGUUCAUUUAGGUGCAGAUCACUGCUUCAGUGUGCGUUUAACGCGUGGGCUGAUCGGUCCCCUCCAGGUCUGAAAACAACUCUUAAGCGCGUCUCCACCGUUCACAGACCCUUCAAACCCAGCCCGAUCAAACAGCAGGGGAAAGACGCGCGAGCGAAGGCGACUGAGGCAGAGCGCUGCCCAAACGGACGACGUCCGUCACGAUAAAAAGGGGGCAGCAAAUCAGACUCUAGAUCGAUCUCGACCCUUCAGAUAACACGCACGGCUCCCCUUCCCCGCGCUUGUUCUGUCCGCUGGGAAGAGACGAGAGCGUCGACGCUGGAGACCGGUGUUUGAGGAGCUGUCGACCAGUGGCAUGCGUCUCAGAGGACCUCUGUGCGUGCGGCGUGCCUCAUAAUCAGAUAAAGGGUCAGGUUUGUGAUGGAUUUCCACGCGACCUCAGCCGAGAACUCCAGUGAGGAGUUUAACUCGUCUCAACGUUUAAAUGCAGACACCGGCGAACGGUAUCACAAUGUCCUCAUGCCAAGCGUUUACGGGGUCAUCUGCUUCGUCGGCAUAAUAGGCAACUGCAUCGUCAUCUACACCAUCGUCAAAAAAAACAAAUUCAGAGCUCAGCAGACGGUGCCUGACAUCUUCAUCUUCAGCCUCUCCAUCGCGGAUCUCCUGUUUCUCCUUGGCAUGCCGUUCCUCAUCCACCAGCUGGUGGGAAACGGCUCGUGGUGUUUCGGCGCCACCAUGUGCACCGUCAUCACAGCGCUGGACUCCAACAGCCAGAUCGUGAGCACCUACAUUUUAACGGUCAUGACUUUGGACCGAUACCUGGCCACGGUUCAUCCCAUCCGCUUCAACCACGUGCGCACUCCGUGCGUGGCCGUGGCCGUGGUGGGCCUGGUCUGGACGCUCUCGCUGCUGUCCAUCACGCCCGUGUGGAUGUACGCCGGCCUCAUGCCCCUGCGGGACGGAUCGGUGGGAUGCGCUCUGCUCCUUCCCGAUCCGGCCACGGACACCUACUGGUUCACUCUCUACCAGUUUGUGCUGGCGUUCGCUCUGCCGUUGGUGAUCAUUUGCGUGGUGUUUUUCAAGAUCCUCCAGAACAUGGCCGCCACGGUGGCUCCGCUCCCCCAGCACAGCCUUCGGGUGCGCACCAGAAAGGUCACUCGGAUGGCCGUCGCCAUCUGCCUGGCCUUCUUCGUUUGCUGGGCGCCUCAUUACAUCCUGCAACUGGCACAUCUGAGCGUGCAGCGGCCCAGUUAUGCCUUUCUGUACGCUUACAACGUGGCCAUUAGCAUGGGCUACGCCAACAGCUGCAUUAAUCCGCUGCUCUACAUCGUGCUGAGCGAAACCUUCAAAAGACAGUUCAUCGUCGCCAUCCGUCCGGCCCACAAAGACUUCCGAGUUGAUGCGGCCGAGGGGAGUGUCAGUCUCCGUCUGGCCCCUGACGGACCGCAGCAGUCUCAGUCGUCCCGCGAGCUGCUGCCGGUUACCGUGGCUGUGCACUGAACCGCCGUUGCUCGGUUCUUUUCGUGCGCGUUUACAAGGAGCGUGCUGCUGAAAAGACGUCUCGCAGAACUGCUCGUUUCGCGAUUUAUAACGGAUCUGCGAUGACGCACGUUUUCCUUGCCAUAUUGUUGUGCAGUGAAAGUGGUGUGAAGUACACAGCACCUCAUUACCUUGCCAUUACGGCCAUUUGUUUUGUGUAAAACGGGGCUCCUUGUAAGUCUCUUUGGCUUGGCCAAGGAUGCAUUCAUUUGGUGACUUUAGGGUUAGUUCACCCCCCAAAAAAACGAAAACUCGAGCACGUUCGUAAUUACCUCGCCCUCAUGUCGUUCCAAACCCUGUAAGGCCUUUGUUCGUGUUCAGAACACAAACUAAGAUGCUUUUGAUGAAAUCCGAAAGCUUUCUGAUCCUGCUAGAGAACUACUACAGACACAGUAACUAAAUUAUAAUAGUUUUGCAUGUGCUAUGAGGAGGCUACGUUUCUGAGUACAUGAAUUGUUAUUUUUAAACUCUUAAUAAGUGAUAUAAGUAUUUAGCCUCUUUGUGAAGUCUAAGGAUGAGGGAUAAUUUCGCAGGUGGACUCCAUGCCAUGGUUUUGAUCUGACUUUGAAGUCAAGCGUCCUUUGAAAACAGUUAUCGGCCGAUAUAAGGUUACACAGGCCUUAAUCGGGUUAGAUGCCUUGUGCAAGUCACAAAAUCAGAUUACUUUUUUAAGUGGGGCAUCGGUUGCAUCGAUUUUAAAAAACAAAACAAAAAAACACUGGAUAUAUGUCUAAGGUGAUUGUGUACACACACUGCCAGCAUACAGUUUAUGUUCAAACAACAAGUAAAUGUGAAUUUUGCAUCCAAUGAUCCCUUUAAGUAACUGAGUAAUGCAUAACUUUUCAAUUUACAAAGAAAUAUAUGAGUUGCUUUUUUGAAUAAGCAAUGCCGGUUACUUGGUUUCCCGUGUAUUGACUGUCAGC